GCCACAGCUGGGGCAUCUUUUUACUCACCAUGCUGGGUGCUAGAUGGGGAUCAAACCUGCUUCCUGGAACUGCAGAGACUCCACGAUCCCAUUGCCGCACAGCAGGAACUCCAAAAGAAUUAUAAGGCUGUCUGCAGACAUUUGAAAAAUGGCAACAAAUGAAAGUAUCAGCAUCUUUAGUUCGGCAUCCUUGGCUGUGGAGUAUGUAGAUUCACUUCUACCUGAGAAUCCUCUGCAGGAACCAUUUAAAAAUGCUUGGAAUUAUAUGUUGAACAAUUAUACAAAGUUCCAGAUUGCAACGUGGGGAUCCCUCAUAGUUCAUGAGGCCCUUUAUUUCUUUAUCUGUUUACCUGGAUUUUUGUUUCAAUUUAUACCUUACAUGAAAAAGUACAAAAUUCAGAAGGAUAAACCAGAAACAUGGGAAAACCAGUGGAAAUGCUUUAAAGUACUUCUGUUUAAUCACUUUUGUAUCCAGUUUCCUUUGAUUUGUGGAACUUAUUAUUUUACGGAGUAUUUCAGUAUUCCUUACGAUUGGGAAACAAUGCCAAGAUGGUACAUGCUUUUGGCAAGAUGCUUUGGCUGUGCUGUGAUUGAGGAUACCUGGCACUAUUUCCUGCAUAGGCUCUUACACCACAAAAGAAUAUAUAAAUAUAUUCAUAAAAUUCAUCAUGAGUUUCAGGCUCCAUUUGGGAUGGAAGCUGAAUAUGCACACCCUCUGGAAACCCUAAUUCUGGGAACUGGAUUUUUCAUUGGAAUCAUGCUGUUAUGUGAUCAUGUUAUUCUUCUUUGGGCCUGGGUGACCGUUCGUUUGAUAGAAACUAUCGAUGUCCAUAGUGGUUAUGACAUCCCUCUCAACCCUUUACAUCUCAUCCCUUUCUAUGCUGGUUCUCGUCACCAUGACUUCCACCACAUGAACUUCAUUGGAAACUACGCAUCGACAUUUACAUGGUGGGACAGAAUUUUUGGAACAGACUCUCAAUAUAAUGCCUACAAUGAAAAGAGGAAAAAGGCUGAGAAAAAGACUGAAUAAAAACAUCUCCCAUAAACCUUCCCGAAGAUACACAUUUUCCUGAAUUGAAGCUAGUAGCUAACAUUGCUUCUGGGGAGCAGAAAUAAACAUGUCUCUUGGCUGCAAAGUGAUCAAAAGAACAUUAACAACCUUUCAUUAUCUUCCUGGUGGGAACUUUUAUAUAUUUAAGUAAUUUCCAUGAGGAAACUUUAAAGGACAUGUUGCUAACCUUACAAAAAGGAUUUAAGUAACGGAGUAUUAAUCUAUGUCUGUUCACCCAGUUGUACCAGAGACCUGAAGCAGAAAUUGGUCUUUAAAUCUUUUAUAUAUAGUGGCCACUUCAAGAACUCUUAGUAGUGGUGUUGGCCUCAUAUUGAACUUUAAACACUUUUGGAAUUUCCUUAAAAAUCAAAUACCAUGGGUUGACCUACACCAAUCCAUACAGUGUGAGUGAGGCUGCCGAAUCCGAAAUAGCCAGCACCAAGAAUUUCUACUCUUAUCUGGAGCUGACCAGUUUGAGGUGAUUCUCUUUCUUUGAGGAGUCUUUUUGCAACAUACUACUGUUAUCUAUAAAUUAAGGCAUUUCCAAAUUGAUGUAAGAAUAUUUUAGUCUACAGGUUUUCGGGUUACUUGAAUUUUUUUAAAAUUGAGCUUUAUUUCUGCUAACUACCCUUUUGUUUUUGUAUAUCAAUUUUUCAUUAUACUUAAAGCUAUAUCUUGAGACUUUGUGAACUGACUUGCUGUAUUUGCACUUGAAGUUAUUGAAAUAAAUGUGAUUUUGUUUGAUUA